GAGUUGUUGAGAUCCGCCUCGAGGUCGUCGAAGACUUUCUCGUCGAUUUUGAGUCGGCUGAGAUCAGGUGUAUCUUCCCUGAUGAGAUCCAGCCUCUUCUGAAUCCCCGGGGCCUUCCCCGGGCCGCCCCUCAGCCACAUGUUAUACGUAUGACGGAAGAAGUGAGGCCGGCAGAAUUUCAUGUUACGGUGGAGUCGAACGGCAUUCCCACACAGUCUAGGAGAUGGAACGCUUUCGAAAACUCAACGGCUCGGUUUAACCACUGGUAAGGUUCGGGAGGAAGAUAAGAUAUGCAUCGGACCCCGCCGCCAUCAGAGAGUUCUUCUGGUUGUCUCAUGAGAGCGGCAUGUUCGAGUUGCGCCGAUUUCGCGAAACGCCAGCCACCGGCUCAGCAGGAGACACGUAAAAAAGCCCAAGUCAACAAAACAGUAAAAUGCACAUAAAACGUGUGCUCUGAUCCAAGGGGUUGAGCUGAUCAGGGCCCCGCGCCCCACCAGGCCUGGCCGCGUCCUCGACGAACCGUGCCCAGCUCCUCAGUCUCCCUCGACAUGUGCCCCAAGAACGAACAGGAUCACGCUCAGAACGGAGACAUCGAGAGCAACUAUCCGGUAGGCGGUGGCGGCGGCUUGGCCGGUUGCAAAGGCCGAGGGCGCAGCCCCUCUCUCGCCUUCCUCGUCCGUCUCGUUGCGGCCUUCCUCCGAGUGGCAGUGGUCGUCCUCAUCGUCGCCGGAGCAGUCGCUCUCACCUGGUACUUCAUGGGCUUCCUCUUCGUCGUCCAGCUCUCCCUCGUCGCCUUGGUCGCCUACCUGGCAGCCGGAGGCGGCUACAAAUGGCUCUACGUCGCCGCCAAGACGGCCCCCAGGGAUAUUACGGCCCUUUUACGAUACCUGCUGUUCCUGAUGAGUGUCAGAAGACUGUCCAAAAGGAAUAUGUGUAUUGGAGAAAUCUUCAGAGAAAAUGUUGCUAAAAACCCGAACAAAGUGUGUUUUAUUUUUGAAGAUAGGGAGUGGACUUUGAAAGAAGUAGAAGACUACAGUAACAAAAUCGCAAACCUUUUUAAAAGCCAUGGGUAUCGUAAAGGCGAUACUAUCGGUCUAAUGCUUGAAAGCAGGCCAGAGUUUGUCUGUAUUUGGCUUGGACUUUCCAAAAUAGGAGUAAUAACUGCUUUGAUUAAUAAUAAUCUACAGCAAAAUUCUCUUUUGCAUUCUAUCAAUGUAGCUAACUGUCAAGCAUUUAUUUUUGGAGAAGAAUAUUCCGAUGUUGUUAAAGAAAUACAAUCAAAUCUAAGCAGCGUUAGAUUGUAUAGUUAUUCAUACGGUGAACCGAGGCUGCCAAGAGGUGAAAUGGGUGAGAGACAGUUGACAAAAUUGUUGAAAGAAGCAAGUUCAGCACCAUUGAAUCUCGAUGAUAUCAACUUCCACGAUAGACUGCUUUAUAUUUACACUUCAGGCACAACUGGUCUGCCCAAAGCUGCUGUUAUCACUCAUGCGAGGUAUGUCUUCUUGGCUGGAGCAAUCAGUUACCAAGUCUGGUUUAAACGAAGUGACAGGUUUUACACUCCAUUGCCUCUCUAUCAUACAGCAGGAGGUGCGAUGUCUGUAGGACAAGCUAUUGUGUAUGGUGCAUGUGUGGUUAUUAGAAAAAAAUUCUCCGCAUCAUCAUAUUUUACCGAUAUUGUAAAAUAUAAUUGCACAGUGACUCAAUACAUUGGGGAAAUGUGCAGAUAUCUUCUUGCUACAUCUCCGAAACCCACUGAUACCCAACACAAGAUCAGGAUAAUUUUUGGCAAUGGUUUGCGGCCACAGAUCUGGAAAGAAUUUGUCAAAAGGUUCAACAUUCCUAGAGUUGCUGAAUUUUAUGGAGCUACUGAAGGAAACGCCAAUAUUGCAAAUAUUGAUAAUACAGUUGGAGCUAUUGGAUUUGUGUCUAGAAUAAUUCCAUCAGUCUACCCGAUUUCUAUCAUCAGAGUCGACCAACUGACUGGCGAGCCUGUAAGAAACGCUCAAGGACUUUGUAUCCCUUGUCAGCCAGGUGAGCCAGGCGUGUUUAUAGGGAAGAUAAUCCCGUCUAAUCCCGCUAGGGCUUACUUAGGAUAUGUCAAUGAAAAAGAAUCCGAGAAAAAGAUUGUCAAAGAUGUCUUCGUCAAAGGGGAUUCCGCUUUCCUUUCUGGUGACAUAGUAGUUUCAGAUGAAUUUGGCUAUCUUUAUUUCAAAGAUAGAACUGGAGAUACAUUUAGGUGGAAAGGUGAAAAUGUAUCUACUUCUGAAGUAGAAGGUGUUGUUAGCAAUCUCGCUGAUUUUAAAGACUGUGUUGUGUAUGGAGUCGAGAUUCCUGGAAGUGAGGGAAGAGCAGGAAUGGCAGCGAUUGUAGAUAAGGACCACACUCUUAAUAUGAACAAACUUGCAGACGGUAUCAAAAAAGCUUUGCCUGCUUACGCUAGACCAAUUUUUAUAAGGAUACUCGGAGAAGUUGAAAUGACUGGCACUUACAAAAUGAAAAAGUUGGACUUGCAGAAAGAGGGCUUCGACCCUAAUGUCAUCAGCGACAAACUUUACUACUUGGGGUCAAGCAGUUAUUACGAACCUCUUACAAGUGAAGUGUAUGAAAACAUCGAAAAGGGAAAGAUCCGUAUGUGAAA